GUUGAAAAAUAUUUUUCAUGGAAGAAGAAAAAGUGUGUGCGAAGCGAAGAAAACCUGCGACGGAGAAGAAUUUUUCCAUAAUUUUAAAAUUUACCAGUUCGCAUUAUUAAAGUUCUCCAAAUGUAAAAAUUAAUAACAAAUAUUCUCUAGUUUAAGUGUAAAUUACAUUUUAAUAAAGUGCAAAACCUCCAAAAAAGCAACAAAAGUAAAACAAAAAAUUCCCAUCCAAAAAUUUUCUUGAAAGUUGAAACGAAGAAAAAAUCAUUUCUUUUUUUCUAUUGUCUGUCUACACUCUGUGUUCGUUGUUCUUCUCGUUCUCUAAAAGAAAAAAAAAUAUUUUUCUGAUCCUCAUUUUGCUGCUGACCCCAGAAAUAAAAUUAUUUUUGCUUUUUUCUCAUCUUUUCAUAAAUUCUUGUGGAAAUUUGUCUUCAUUUUCCAAAAUAAAAAUAGUUAAAUAUAUUUUUUUUCUAUUUUGCUAUUGGAAUUGCUUUCGUCAAGAAGAAAAAUAAAAAGUUGACCAGCAGAAAACAGAAAGAAAGAAAAAGCAGCUACAGCAGCGCCACCCAGUGAACGACGUGAUAAAACACAAGAACAACAACAACAGCCAUUUCCUCAGUGUGAAAAAGUGUCAAAAAAGAACCAAUAAAAAAAAGAGAACGCAAAGAGGAACUUGGAAAACGCAGUGAAAAUCCUCAGAAAAACAAAUGUUUUUGAAAGUUUUUCUCAAUUUUCCCAAAGCACCAAAAACCACAACAACAAAAACAACUUUACCCACAACGACGAAGACGACGACGGAAUCCCAAAAAGAUUCUUCAAAAAACGUUAGAUUAUAAAAAUAAAAGAAAAAAAAAACAUUUUUGAAAAAUAAGAAAAGAACAAGAAUUAAAAAUCCCCAAGGGAGUAGCACUCUGCAUUUUUGAAAUCAAUUUUCUGUUUCCUUUUUUUAAAAAUUUUAUUUAAUUCUAUUAAUUAUUAUUUUUUUUUGUAAAAACUCUGUGCAGUAUCUAAAAGUUAAGUUAAAAUAGUUUUUAAGAGAAGUUUUCGAAAAUGAUGGAAAUAGCGAUAAAUUCGGUCGCUCGAAUGAAUGGUUUUACACCGAAAACAAUAACCGCGGGUGGAGGAUAUGGUACUCCAGCAACGUGCAAUGGAAAGAGCAGUCAUAUAUUCUCAUUUACCUCUUCGACGCUGUCGUCGCUGGCAGCGUCUGCUGUUGCAAACGCCGCUACUGCACCUGCACCUGCUGCUGGAGUCAGCAAGAGCAAUGCUAACAAAAACAACAGUAACAGUCUUAUGCCACAAAAACAUAAAUCUUCAGCUGCUCCAAGCUCGUCAGCAACAUCAUCAGCGUCAGCGGUAGCAGUGGCAGGAGCAGUUUUAUCAGUUGUCCCAUCAACAUCUACAACAACAACAUCAGCAGUAGUAGCAGCAGCACAAUCAUCAUCAUCAUCAACAACAUCAAAUUCAUCAUCAUUAUCGAAGAACAAUGCAAUUCCGUCCGAUAUACUUGACGAUUUAGCCAGUCGUUUCAUCAUUAAUGUGCCUGAUGAUGAACGCACCGAUCUAAUCCGGAUAUGCUUUCAAAUCGAAUUGGCACACUGGUUCUAUUUGGAUUUCUUUUGUGCAAUUGAAGAGAAGAAACUGCUGCCGUGCGGCAUUAAGCAGUUUGCUAUGCAAUUAUUUCAGCAUAUUCCAUUUCUUCGAAAACAUUUGUCAACAAUCGAUAAAAUUUUAGAAGACUGGAAAAAUUAUAAACUAUCUGUUCCUACUUAUGGAGCUAUUUUGAUAUCGGAAGAUCUCAGUUAUGUGUUACUUGUGCAAUCCUAUUGGGCAAAGAGCUCAUGGGGCUUUCCUAAAGGGAAAGUUAAUGAAACCGAAGAUCCAGUACAUUGUGCCACAAGAGAGGUAUAUGAAGAAACUGGCUACGAUAUAACGGGGCUUAUUGUACCAAAUGAUUAUAUUGAGGCUGUUAUCAAUUAUCAAUAUACACGCUUAUAUAUUGUACGUAAUGUUCCAUUGCAAACACAAUUCUCACCGCGUACUCGCAAUGAAAUCAAAUGCUGUGAUUGGUUCCCAAUCGAUUCGUUACCAAUAAAUAAAAACGAUGCCAUAUCAAAAACUAAUCUUGGCCUAAAUGCCAAUUCAUUCUUUAUGAUAAUGCCAUUUGUGAAGCGACUCAAAAAAUGGGUGAAUGACAAUCGAUCUGGUAUCGAAACACGUCGCAAAUAUCCACCCACCAAUAUAAUUAAUUAUAAUAUUAAUAAUUUUAAUAAUAAUAGUACAACUUCAAAUUCAACAACAACAACAACAACCACAUCAGCAAUAACAUCAUCAAUAGCAACAAAAACAACAACAACAACACACGCAGGAGUUGCAGGAUCAGUUUUACAAGCUUCAUCAUCAACAACAACAACAUCAUCCACAUCACCACCAACUGUUGGCGGUGGCAUCGGUGGUGUGAUAAUUAUUUCAAAAAACACAUCACCCACAUCAAUGUUAAUGAUGUCAAAAUAUCAUCAUAAUAAUAAUAAUUUAAAUAACAAUAAUUGUAAAAAAGAUAAUAUUAUGGAUAAUAAUGGUUUAAGUAGUAAUGUGCGAAUUUACAAUGAGAAUAUUGCCUUAAAUAAUAAUAAUGGAAACGGAUCUGUGAGCAACAAUAAUAAUAAUAAUAAAAUUCAUAAUAAUAAUAAUAAUAACCAUAAUCAGAACAACAACAAUUGUAACAACGGUAACAACAACCAGAGCAAUGCCAAUAAUAAUUGCAAUCGUGGUAAUAAUAAAAGACAACGCCACAAAUCUAUGGGUGAUAUCGAUGGUAUUAAGUUAAAUAUAAGUAACAAUACAAAUAGUAAUAUAAAUAAUAAUAAAUCCAACCAAGGUGGUACAAAGGCCAGCAAUAAUAAUAAUAACAAUAACAUAAAUAACAAUAAUAAUAAUGGAGGCGGCAACAAUAAUAACAACAAUAAUAAACAUGCUAAGGUGCAAAUUCAACAAUCUCAUAAUGUUGUAGCAGCAGCAGCUCCAUCUGUGGCUCCACCUAAAAGACAACUGUUCCACAGUCAAAGCCAAAGCGGUACAACCAAUAUGAGUAGUUUAUACUCAGACGAAUGGACUAGCCGCAAGCCGCAACACAAUGUGAUAAGCUCAUUCGACUUGAUUCGCAAAGAAAAACAACAACUGCAAAUGCAGCAGCAGCUACAACAACAGCAACAACUUAAAGAUAAAGAAAAAGAGAAGAAUGCGCCAGUGACUAACGCCAGCAGCGAUAAGCAGCUGAAGAAAGCCAACAAUUUGCGCACACGCACCAAAUCACAGAGCACUACCUGUAAUACUAAUCAACAUCAGCAGCAACAACAACAACAACACCAACAAUCAUCAACAACAAAUACAAAUACUGUGAUUCAAAUAAAGCAGCAGCAGCAACAGCAAUCUGGAGCAGCAGUUAAAACUGCCAAAGAAAAGCCGGUAACACCUCCCCCAGCAGCCCCACCUUCCUCUCCCAAAACCAAAACUGCUGCUGGAAAAGCAACACAACACCAACAACCACAACAAUCAUCAUCAACAAUUUCUCCAAGUGAGAAAACACGAUCCGUGUCUCUGUCAAUAGCAGCAACAUCACAAAAAAUUAACAACAAUAAAAAUUCCAUCCCAAGAUCGAUCACACCACCAACAAAAUCGACACCAACUUCCACCAAUGCCACCAAAACUUCAUCCACAUCAUCAUCGAAAUUAUCAUCAUCGUCAGUAGCAAAAGCAACAGCAGCAGCAGCAGUAGCAUCAACUACAAAUGCAGCAUCAAAUCAAAUUCUAAAGUUCAAUCCAAAUUUCGACUCAUGGACCAAUUUCUCAUUUACAAAAAAUUUUAUUGCCAAUGUUUUUUGUUAAAUCAACAACAACAAUAACAACAAAACUUUUUUAAAAAAAACAAAAAUAUAUAUGAACCGAACUCAACGAUGAUGAUGACGACGACAAAGUUGACGAAGACGACGAGACAAUGACAACAAAAUGACGACUGUGUCGAUCAAAAGAUCGGAAAGAAAAAGAAUAUUUUUCUUAAAUUAAAAUUUUAUUAAUCGAAAGGUUUUUUUCUUUUAUUUUUAUUUUAUUAUUUUUUGUUUUCAUUUGUGAACUCUCAAAGUGACAUUUUUGUUCACUUUUCUUUUUAAAUUUUAUUUCGUGUAUUUUUCAAAACACCAACUCUUGACAAACAAAAUUUUUUGUAUUUUGUUUAAACAAAGAAACCUACUUUAAAAAACAUUUUUUUUCUUAAAUUUAAUUCGCUCAGGUGGAGUAUUUUAUGCACCUCCCGGGUCUACCUUUUGGUCUUUUUCUUGGGACUAUCGAUUUUUCUCUAGAAUGCGAGCAUUCCGUAGACUCCGAAAUAUCAAGAGUUAUUUUUUUUUUGUUUUGUUUCUAAUUUAGUUUGAAGUCCAUAACAUAUCCUUAUCUUACUCAUCUGAAGUCUUGAGAAAGAAAGUUCUAUAGGUAACAAAGUUCUCACCUAAUACUUAACACAUUUUAUGUUUUGCACAAGGACUACAAUUUUAAGUUCACAAGAAAAGAUUUUUUCAUUUGAUUAUCAAGACUUCAGAAAACGGACUUGUUUUUUGUUUAUAUUUUUUCGAAGGACACUCUGAUGUGAGAAUCAAUUUUUA